CUCAGUUGUUUACUUAAGCUCCCUACCCACCCACCCCAGUUGUCUCUCUGAUUGAUACAAAAACUCAUAUAUACUGAUUCUGUGAAGUGAAAGUUCGUAGAUCUGAGAACGAAAUCUCACCAGAAACUGCCUAAUUUGGGUUUGGUUAACGUGACUGAAGAUGGCAGCAGUGGAUGAUCAAACUCCUCCUGUUCUUGACGAAACAACUUGCGGCACCCUACUACAAAAGCUGCAGCAAAUCUGGGAUGAGGUUGGUGAAACUGAUGAUGAGCGGGACAAGAUGCUUCUUCAGAUAGAUCAAGAGUGUCUGGAUGUCUACAAGAGAAAGGUUGACCAUGCUGUGAAGUCACGGGCUCACCUUCUUCAGGCAUUGGCAGAUGCCAAAGUUGAACUCUCCAGGCUGCUGUCAGCCCUUGGAGAGAAGACAUAUGUUGGAAUUCCUGAGAAAACUUCAGGCACAAUCAAGGAACAGCUUGCAGCUAUAGCACCAACACUGGAAAAACUAUGGAAGCAGAAAGAUGAUAGGAUAAAAGACUUCUUUGAUGUACAAUCACAAAUUCAGAAGAUAAGCAGUGAGAUUGCAGGGGAUAGCGAGCAAGUUGAGAGUCUAACAGUGGACGAAUCUGACUUAUCUGUAAAAAAGUUGGAUGAGUUUCAUGUGCAACUUCAAGAGCUCCAAAAGGAGAAGAGUGACAGAUUACACAAGGUCCUCGAUCUUGUGAGUACUGUGCAUGACCUUUGUGCUGUUCUUGGCAUGGACUUCUUCAGUACUGUCACAGAAGUUCACCCAAGCCUGGAUGAUUCUACUGGUGUACAAUCAAAAAGUAUUAGCAAUGAUACAUUGUCAAAUCUGGCUAACACUGUCUUGGUAUUAAAGGAAGAUAAGAAGCAGAGAUUGCUUAAGCUUCAAGAAUUAGCAACUCAGCUAAUUGAUUUAUGGAAUUUGAUGGAUACCCCAGAAGAAGAAAGGAGCUUAUUUGACCAUGUUACCUGCAACAUAUCAGCUUCAGUAGAUGAAGUGGCCAUUCCAGGGGCUCUUGCUCUUGAUUUGAUUGAACAGGCUGAAGUGGAAGUUGAAAGGCUUGAUCAACUUAAAGCUAGCAAGAUGAAGGAGAUUUCUUUCAAAAGACAGGCUGAACUGGAAGACAUUUAUGCUCGUGCCCACGUAGAGAUUGAUACUGAGGCUGCUCGAGAAAAGAUUAUGGGACUGAUUGAUUCUGGUAAUGUUGAUCCAGCAGAAUUACUAGCUGACAUGGACAAUCAGAUUGUAAUUGCAAAAGAAGAGGCUCAUAGUAGGAAAGAAAUAUUGGAAAAAGUUGAGAAAUGGAUGGCAGCUUGUGAAGAAGAGAGCUGGCUUGAAGACUAUAACAGGGAUGAUAAUCGGUAUAAUGCAAGCAGAGGGGCACACUUGAAUUUGAAGAGAGCUGAAAAGGCUCGGAUAUUGGUCAAUAAAAUUCCAGCUCUUGUGGACUCGUUGGUUGCAAAAACUAGAGUAUGGGAACAAGAGCGGGACACCACAUUCACUUAUGAUGGUGUUCCACUACUUGCCAUGCUAGACGAAUAUAUGAUGCUCAGGCACGAUAGAGAAGAAGAGAAAAGAAGGCUGAGGGACCAGAAGAAGUUCCAUGAGCAGAUGAGCAAAGAUCCAGAAGUAUUUGGAUCUACGCCGAGCCCUGCUCGACCACUUGGUUCUAAGAAGGUAACAGGUCCACGAGCAAAUGGCAGUGCCAAUGGGCCGGCAAGCAGAAGACUGUCUCUUAAUUCCCACCAAAACGGUUCCAGGUCAACUUCUAAAGAUGGAAAGAAAGAAGCGAGACUCAGUGCUCCUGUGAACUAUGUUGCCAUGACCAAAGACGAUGCUGCGUCUCACAUUUCUGGAACUGAGCCUAUUCCUAGCACCCCAUAGUAACUGCUGAAUAAGAGAUGUGUACUCACAUGCCAUUGUGUUCUGUUGUCAUUACUAGUCUAGUUUGUAAUAGGAUAAAUAUGUGGACAGUGAGUGAUCACAGAAUAGAGACCUAAUAGUUUGUGCUAUAUUAGAAAGUUACUUCUAUUCUGACAAAGUUACAAGUAGAGGUGGGCAUGGUAUGGUAUGAUUCGGUAAUUUUGGUUCUCAUUCUCUUAACAAUACUAUAUCAGUAGUAUAUCAAAUUGAUGCAAUGUUUUGUAGUA